UUGGGAAGCCAAGUGGGGUUGGGGUUCCUCAGCCCUUGGGUGGGCAACCCCCAAGGAGUCCCAGGGGAGCCGCGAAGAAUCCCAAGACCGCCAAGAGAGCAGCUGUGGCAAUGAUGUGGACCUCAGGGCCUGACCAGAGGCCCCAUGCAGGUGGACCUCUAGCACCCCAAGACAACACUGCCUCCACCUACUAUGGGUCCCUGGGCUUAGGCCCAUCCUGGGAGGUGUGCGUGUGAGAGAGUGGGACUCUGGAACUAGGCCACUUGGCUGCAAAAGGAAACUAACCGGCUGUAGGCAGUCCAAUCCUCCCUUUCAUGAUGAGCUCAGGGACCAAACGCAUGAGGGACGCCGGAGCCACUGACCUUGGCAGCCAACCUGCUACUGGUUCCCAGCCACCGCCGCCGCCACGGAUCUUGGUGGUGGACGCUCGGCCCCCUCAUUGGGCUCAGACCUGCCCCAAGCUCUGCGAAGCCCUGGAGAACCUCUUCUGCCUGGCCUGCAGCCUCGGGGGACCUCCCCGCCUCCCACUCUUCAGCCUCUAUGUGGCCCAGAGGCAGCACGAAUGCCUCCUGCCCUUCAUGCCGGUGAAGGGAGGCUUUGCCCGGCUCCAGAGCUGCCUCGCGGAGCUGCGUGCUGUGCCGGCCGAGGGAGCAUUCCGGCCUGGAGAGGAGGCUGCGGCCGUGGCCCAGGCGGUGCAGGAUGGCCUCCAGCAGUUCAAGCAGUACACCGGGCAAGGGAUGGCCGGCGCCACCCUCAGCAGUUGCGCCAUUGAGGUGACCGUUCUGACCAGCCAGCUCAGCACAGAGGUGGCCCGGCAACUGGAGAUGAGGCUGCAAGGGACCGACCAGGUCAGCUUGCGACAGCUGCAGGUGGUUGCGAUUGCCCCUGGGGGCUUGCAGGAAGUGCCAACACCAGCAGCCGGAGGAAGCACCAGCACCCACGGGACCCCUGUGGAAGAAGAGGAGGCCGCCUUCGCUGCGUCCGGCCUCCUGGGCCCAGAGGUGGACCUCCAGACGGUGGAGAACGAGGUGGUGGCCCUGGAGGGCUUCUUCAAGGCCUGGCUCCAGGACCCCGGUGGGGAGCAGGAGCACCUCCACCUCCUCCUGCCGGCCCCAUUGCGGGGCUCCCUGGCCUGUCUCAAGUGUGACAUCCAGGAAAGGCUCCUCAGCCCGGCUCUGCUUCCACCUGUGGGCACCAACAGAGACAACGUGGCAAGAGCCAACAGUGUCACCACUGACUGCUUCUGGAUGGCACCUGGACCAGGCCUGGCACCACACCGGCUCAGGGUCCUCAGGUACCCCUCAGGGGCAUUGAGAGCGGAGGGGUUGUGUGCGUCCCUCCUCUUCGGCCUCCCCCUGAUCGUCCGGCCCACAAGUUGCUGGCGGCUGAACUGGGAUGAACUGGAAGUCAACCAGCACCGCUUCCAGGCCCUGUGCAGAGGCCUACGGAACCGGGAGUGGCUCCUUCUGGCGCGGCACGAACCCCAAGGAGAGUCUGGCCCCUGCAGGGUGCCCCUGGCCACGGCCCCCGUAGCUUCCCACUGGGCCCUCCUGCCUGCAGCCUCCUGUUCCUCCCUCCUCCUGCGUGCCCUGGCCCCCCAAGAGCUGCUCCUGCCAGGCCCCUGCCCUGUCCUCCCCGCAGACCCUCCGGAGGCAGCACUCAGAGACAUGGAGGGCAUCCUGGAGGGCCUUGAGGUGGAGAUGACCUUUGACCCCCUGUGCCUGGGCUCCCACCUGUAUCGGGCAUUGCGAACCAUCCUGGCCCGGCCCCUCGAUCCUCGCCCACCUCUGCGCCUGGCCGAGCGCCACCUGUCCCGCCAGCAGGCCAGCCGGCAGCACCCCAGCAGGGCAAGGGCCACAGUGGCCCCCCUGCGCCUUGCUCCAGCAGGCCCCAAUGCCAGCCGAGUGGCUCUCUCCCUGUUCUCCGGAGAGGAAGAGGAGUUCCUUGAUGCCAUAUGAGAGGAGCAGCAGGAGCCCCCCCCCUUCCCCCGUUCCCAAGGGGGCCACGAGCAGGCUGGGGGAGCAAGCCACACAGACCCACCUUUUAACCCCCACAUCUGCAGCCCCAGCCCCCCAUUGCCACAAGUGCCUCAGCCCCCCCUCCCCAUACACACAAAGGGAAGGGCUGCUUGUUUCCCACCCCAUUCCCACUCCUCCCCCUCUUGCCCAGGAAAGAUCCCCCUUCCUCCCCAGGGAUCUCCCAUAGCCAGUCCCCCCCACAACUGGGCAGGGAGGGUGCCUCCCCAUCAUUCCUGGUCUGUCUGUGGGGAAACUGGGCUAUGGAAGGGGGGUUGAAGAGGACCCUGGGGCCUCCGCCCAGCCUCCCCCUCCUUGUAAACUGCUUUGCUGCAGCAGCAACCUUCCUUUGCCCACGCACACCACACACACGCACACCACACACACAGUGUUGUUGCUUUUGCAAGAUCUGGGAGCGGAAACAGCCCAACUUCCUCUUCAGCAACACUGGGAGAAGGGGCACUUCCGCUCAGUCCCACUCCCCCCCCUUAGAGGCCCAGUCUGGCCCCAUUUGUUUCUUGUGGGGUAGCUCCCGGGGGGGGGGGGUCCAGUUCUUUCCCAGCUCAGGAAGGGCCUCUGCCCCCCUCCACCUUAAGAAACUCCCCAGUGGGGCAUCAGGUGAAGGGGGGACAGGGCUGUGAAGCCCCGCCCCACACACACACCCUCCCCUGAGACCAGCUUCAGGGACCCACUGGGCCCCCUGGGGUUGUGCCCCCCCAACCUCAGCAAAACCCACCAGGAAGACCCCCCCAUUCCACAGCACACUCAGUUUUAGUAAAAUGAAAAACCCCUUUAAUAUCAAAAUAAAUCUCUCUAGAAAAAUA